CCCUUCCACGCUGCUAUUACGUUCCGUUCGCGAGCAGAAGCUGGCUGCGGUGUCGUUUUCUCCGAUCAGUCGGACCUUGAUCAAUCUUUUCAACUGUCCUUGUUCUCGGGUUUUACGCAUUUGAUUGCAAUUGGAAUAGCUUGGAUUCGUGUGUGACCGUCGAUUCCACAAUUUUUUUCGACCGAAUUGGUUCUGAAGCAAUGGAUUGACUUCAGUUUUCCUUCAACCCCUCCACCAAGUUGAGAAAACAGUCUAACCUGCGGUCUCUCCAUACUUCGAGCUCACAAGCCAGCUAGCUACAUGUUUCAUCCGGACAGUUUCAAAAGUAGCUGGUACCGGAUGUUUUUAAACAUUUCGUAGGUGAAACAUUGAAGUUCUUCGUUUGUCUCGGAAGUGUAUGGAAAUAGGUGGCAGAGGAUUUUAAACACGGAUUUUCUCCGGGGUUCUUGAAGCCUGCAAACAUUUAUUUUUGAUAAGUGAUGGCGGAGCGGGGAGCAAGGUUGCUCCUCUCUCUCCUCUGUCUCACCUUUCUUUACCCGGCGACCACCGUGUCAAGACAUGCCGACAAAGGCACGGCGGCGCGGCCCUUCAGCCCCUUCUGGUUCUCGGUGGAGCCGUGGGACACACUGGCCGUGAGAGGUGCCCCGGCACUGCUCAACUGCUCAGCGCACAGCGGGGACCCUGCCUCGGAGCCCACUGCGCCCCAGGCCCGUGUGGAGUGGAAGAAGGAUGGAACCUUCCUGAGCCUGGCGCCAGACGACGGGCGGCGGCGUGUUCUCCCUGACGGCUCGCUGCUCAUCUCUAGCGUGGUGCACUCCAAGCACAACAAGCCCGACGAGGGAAUGUACCAGUGUGUGGCCACCAUCGACAGCCUGGGAACCAUUGCCAGCCGCACCGCCCGCCUCACCGUGGCAGGUAUGCCCCGGUUCUCCAGCCAGCCGACAGCAGCCAGCAUACGCCUGGGAGACAGCCAGGUUCUGGCGUGCGACGUCAACCCAGACCUGGUGCCUUUAGCCCGGUGGGAGCGUGAGCGUGAGCCCCUGGAGCUGAGCUCUAGGCUGGUGCAGCUACCCAACGGAGCCCUGGUGGUGAGCAACGCUUCAGAGGCCGACGCUGGGCUCUACCGCUGCAUGGUGGAGAACGCUGGGCCCGCCAAGACCAGUGAAGAGGCCCAGCUCACAAUACUGCCAGAAACCGGAGAGGAGAGAGAACUGGAGUUCCUGGUAGAGCCACUUCCUGUGACCAAAGUGGUGGGGGCCAGUUUGCUGCUGCCGUGUGUGGUGACGGGUUACCCAGCGCCCUACGUCCGAUGGAUGGUGGGAGACAAGCUUGUCGAGGAGAGUGAGGGGAAGUUGGAGUUGGUGGGAGGAGGCAGUCUGUUGAUCUACAACCUGACUGAGGAGGAUGCAGGCGUCUACAGCUGUAUGGCAGACAACACUAACAACACUAUCGAGGCCAAGGCAGAGCUCACUGUACAAGUUCCACCGGAGUUCCUGAAGAGGCCGGCCAACAUCUACGCCCACGAGUCCAUGGACAUCAUGUUCCAGUGUGAGGUCACAGGCUCCCCGGCCCCCACCGUCAAAUGGGUCAAAAACGGAGACGCCGUCAUUCCCAGCGACUACUUCAAAAUCAUUAAUGAACACAACCUGCAGGUGCUGGGUCUGGUCAAGUCUGACGAGGGCUUCUACCAGUGUCUGGCAGAGAACGAUGCAGGGAACGUGCAGUCCAGCGCUCAGCUCAUCAUCCUAGAGCACGGCUCCAGAGGUGUGGCUAACCCCACUGGCCCCACUCCCUCCGCCCCCCGUGACGUCGUGGCCUCGCUGGUCUCCACCCGCUUCAUCAAGCUCACCUGGCGCCCUCCGGCUGAGCCCAACGGAGAAGACCUCACCUACUCUGUCUACUUCAAUCAGGAGGGUACCAACAGGGAGCGUAUCCUGAACACCAGUCGGCCAGGUGAGAUGCAGGUGACCAUUCAGAACCUGAUGCCCGACUCCAAGUACAAGUUCCGGGUGGUGGCACACAACAAGAACGGCCUGGGAGAGAGCUCUGCCAUCCUCAAGGUGGCCACCCAGGGUGAAGUGCAGGUUCCUGGCCCCGCCCCCAACCUCCAGGCUGUGUCGACCACACCCACCUCCGUCACCCUCAGCUGGGACACGCCCCUCACUGGCAACGGCGACGUCCUCACCUACAAGGUCUACUACAUGGAGAAGGGUCUGGACCUGGAACAGGACAUAGACGCUGGAGCUCUGUCCUACACCUUGAUGGGUCUGAAGAAGUUCACAGAGUACAGCAUCAGAGUGGUGGCCUUCAACAAGCACGGCCCGGGAGUGUCCACAGGAGACAUCACCGUCACCACCCUGUCUGAUGUUCCCAGUGCCCCUCCUCAAAACCUCACUGUGGAAGUUCACAACUCAAAGAGCAUCAUGGUCCGGUGGCAGCCCCCGCCACCAGGCGCCCAGAACGGCGAGAUCACUGGGUAUAAGAUCCGUUACCGGAAAGGAACGCGGAAGAGCGAGGCGGCAGAAACCACGGGAGGCACCCAGCUCUUCCAACUCAUUGACGGUCUGGAGCGGGGGACAGAGUACACGUUCAGAGUGUCAGCCAUCACAGUGAACGGCUCAGGGCCCGCCACAGAGUGGAGCACCGCAGAGACCUUCGAGAGCGACCUGGACGAGUCCAGGGUGCCGGACAUCCCCAGCUCGCUACAUGUGCGCCCGCUGGUCAACAGCAUUGUAGUGAGCUGGACGCCGCCGGAGAACCAGGACAUGGUGGUACGAGGCUACACCAUCGGCUACGGCAUCGGCAGCCCCCACGCCCAGACCAUCAAGGUGGACUACAAGCAGCGCUACUACAGCAUUGAGAACCUAGACCCCAGCUCCCACUAUGUGAUAACCUUGAAGGCCUUCAACAACGUGGGGGAGGGGAUCCCUGUAUACGAGAGCGCCAUCACCAGGCCACAGUCAGACCCCAUAGACCCUGAUGUUGAUUUGUAUGAACUCUUCCAUGCUCCAUACACACCAGUACCAGACCCCACCCCCAUGCUACCUCCCGUGGGCGUACAGGCCUCGGUGCUCAGCCACGACACCAUCAAGGUGACCUGGGCCGACAACUCUCUGCCCAAGAACCAGAAGAUCACGGAUGCACGCUACUACACGGUGCGCUGGAAGACCAACAUCCCCGCCAACACCAAGCUCAAGACGGCCAACACCACCAACCUGAGCCACAUGGUGACGGGCCUGAAGCCCAACACGCUCUAUGAGUUCUCUGUCAUGGUGACCAAGGGCCGGAGGACCAGCACCUGGAGCAUGACGGCCCAGGGAACCACCUUUGAGACCAUUCCCAGCUCGUCCCCCAAAGAUGUGACUGUGGUGAGCAAGGAGCUGAAACCACGUACCAUCAUAGUCAACUGGCAGCCCCCCUCAGAGGCCAAUGGGAAAAUCACAGGCUACAUAAUCUACUACAGUACUGAUGUGAAUGCGGAGGUGCAUGACUGGGUGAUAGAGCCGGUGGUGGGCAACAGGUUGACCCAUCAGAUCCAGGAGCUGACUCUGGACACCACCUACUACUUCAAGAUCCAGGCCCGUAACUCCAAGGGCAUGGGCCCAAUGUCAGAGGCCGUACACUUCCGCACCCCCAAGAGUAAGUGGGGGGGAAAUCCCUGGAGGUUGAUAGGCUCUGAAAGGUUGAACAUUGGGAUGAUUGUAUUAAAUGGUUCUUAUUGGUUGAGUUAUUAUCUCCUAUUGAUGAGGAUAUUCAUUCUUAUGUGGAUAAAUAGGAUUUUCUUUCUCACCUCUCUGGUCCACUUUGUUCCAGGAAAACCAGGAAUUACAGGAAGUGGGGACAACCACAUCCUGGUCAUCGUUGUCAUCAUCUCUGUGGGAGCGUUCACCAUCAUCGUGGUGGUUGUGGGGGCCUUCCUCUGCACACGACGCACCACCUCCCACCAGAAAAAGAAGCGGGCGGCCUCCAAGUCGUCCAACAGCUCCCACAAGUACAAGGGCAACUCCAAGGACCUGAAGCCUCCAGACCUAUGGAUCCACCAUGAGCGGCUGGAGCUCAAGCCCAUUGACAAGUCCCCCGAGCCCAACCCGGUGAUGACUGACACCCCCAUCCCCCGCACCUCGCAGGACAUCAACCCCGUGGACCCCAGCCUGGACAACAGCCUGCUGCAGAGACGAAACUCUUACCGAGGCCACGAAUCAGAAGACAGCAUAUCUGCACUGGCAGGGCGCCGGGGGAUGCGGCCUAAAAUGAUGAUGCCCUUCCAUACGCAGCCCCCCCAGCCUGUGAUUAGCGCUCACCCCAUCCAUUCCCUUGAUAACCAUCACCACCAUUAUCACACGGGCAGCCUGGCAUCCCCGACACGCAGCUACCUCCAUCACCACCAGGGCAGUGCCCACCUGCGCCCGCACGCCUGCGCCACCCCCAUCUCCUGUCUAGACAUGGUGGGCUCCACAGAGUCGGUGAGGAACACCCCCAGCACAGAGCCCCUCCCGCCCCAGGCCCAGCCCCCUUGCCAAGCCGAGCACCAGCACCCGGACCCCGAGGGCAGCUACCAAGGGUCCACGGCCACUGACGAUGAGCCCAGCGCCAGCGGCAGCUACUGCAGCGCCGGCCAGCCCCCCACCGCCCACGUGCGCCCCACUCACCCCCUCAAGAGCUUUGCCGUACCCACCAACCCCGCUGCCAACUUCGAGUCGCCUGCCCUGCCCAGCACGCCGCUGCUUACUCAGACUGGGCCCCAGCUCCACUCAGUAAAGACAGCCUCCAUCGGCACCCUGGGCAGGGUACGCCCCCCCAUGCCAGUCACGGUGCCCUGUGCGCCAGACGUGCCCGAGACCAGCAAGAUGCUGGAGGAUGUAGACAGUAGCUACGAGCCUGAUGAGUUGACAGAGGAGAUGGCCCACCUAGAGGACCUGAUGAAGGACCUGAACGCUAUAACCACAGCCUGAGAACCACACACCCACUCACCACGCUGCUCACACACACAUACAGGCAGACACACACACACACACACACACACACACACACACACACUGCCAGCCCUCAGAAAACUGGGAGCCUGAUGCCCGGAUACAAAAUGUAUACCGUCAAUGGAUCCUACACACCCCACUCAAGACAAACAAAAAAUCUAAACUGAAACUUUUCAACUUUUGGCUUACCUUGCUCAGUCUCAGGAAGGAGAUGGCCAUUUAAAAAACACAGUUCACCUUUUUAUGAAGAAACAUUCUCAGAGACGAUAUCUAACAUUGGUCGCUUUCAACCAGAAGAUUGUGAAUUUUCUCAGCAAAAAAACUGAAAUGCAUCAGAAGGUUGUUCUCAUACUUUGAUUGCCGGGGAGACCGCUCCUAUGGUUGCCGGGGAGACCGCUCCUAUGGUUGCCGGGGAGACCGCUCCUAUGGUUGCGGGAGACCGCUCCUAUGGUUGCUCCGACAGACAUCAUAUUGUGAUUCCAAGUCAAGAGGAAGAGUCAAAUAUGCCGGUAUUUCAUGUUGGUGCUCACGAAACACAAUCUAAACACAGUGUUUGUUUAAUUAGUGUCACUUAUUUGUGCGUUUUUGUAUAUCUAUUGCCCUGUUUCAGUGAAGUGAACAUUGGACAACAGUCCCCUCCAUUUCCAUAAAAGCGGUAAUUUUAUAGCUAUCAUUUUGAUCCAAUGACGUCUGUUUUCCCUACUCUGUGUUAUAUAUUGUGCCAAGUCUCUUAUUAUUCUCUAAUAUGCCAUGUAUUUUUUUACAUAUCCGUAUAGAUAUGUACAUAUGUUUUUAAAAAACGGCCUCAUUCUAUUCCCCCCCUAGCCUAGCCAAUCAUUUCAUUUUAUUUGGGAGGAGAGUGACAAAAUAGACCCUCAAACGCUCACUUUUCAUAUCUUGUGGGGAGAUGCCUUGCGUGUUAGUACAUUACAUUUGAAUGGAUUCUUGCAUUGUGUUGCCCCUUUGUACAUUGAAAUGUUCAGUCUUUUUUUGUUUAUGGGGGCUCCGUUUCAAAAAGCCUUACGAAAUGUGUCCGUACGUUUACAUUGGAGAUGACUGUGCCCUCUGUGGACGUUUUCCAGUUACACUGUGAUCCCUCUGACACGCAGCGUCACCACUCUCAGGCCAGACUGGCCUUGGAGUGCCAAGUAGUAGGGCUUGUUAGCUGGUGACCCUUCAGAACCAUCUGUGGGACAUGAACCCUCCGGAGGCUGCUGGACUCGGAGUGCCUCACCCCGCAAUCACACAUCCUACCCAGUCAGUCGUUUCAAUGGAAUGGCAAUAUAUCAUAUGAAAGUGCUAUGAAAUGGAUGUCAUGUUUCCAAGAGCCAAUAUUUGGUUGAAGAGGUCUGUUUUUUGCUCUUUAUCUCUCUCUGUCAUGUGAAAACCAGGUUUUUCAAUCAAGGAUAAGUGUUUACUGUUAUCUGAGGUCUCUUAAAGAAACACUGCUUCAUCGCUCUUUUUAAAUGCUACUUGCAACGAUGUUGGCCUAUUGAAUGGGACUCCCAGAUUCAGAUUUUUUUUUACAUGUAGUUUGUUUUGUAUGAAGAAAAAAUAAACUUGUUCUGUACACAAUUCCAAUGUAAAAAAUUAAAUAUGAUAAUGUAAGAAGCUAGUUUUUCAUCUGCCCUCUUACCCAAAGAAGUGUAAUUGCAAUCCUAGUUACAUGCUCUACUUUUGUGAAUACCAUGUUUCUCAUAAUGUACAUCGUCAUGAAUGUCAAUAUAACUGUAAGAGAUUUUACUUAUGGAUACAAAAGGAACAUGUAAAAAAAAAAAAAAAAAGUGGACCGUAGGAAAAAAAUGACAGGACGCUAACCCGUUGGGAAUAACCUAUUAAGUUGUAGACAGUCAAGCCUGUAUUGCACUUUUUCACAAUUUUUGAAAAAAAACUAUUUCUUCCAUAUCUUGUGUUUUAAAUAUAAAAGCGAUGUUUCCGUAACGUAGUGUCUGUCCUAGGUUAGCAGCAGGCAGCUGGUCUUGUUUUAAUGUUCAUUUGCUUUUGAGAUAUGAAAUUGAGCAGCAGGUUUUACUGUGCUGCUGAUGAGGUAUUCUGUUGCUUGUUUCUGUACAGAGAUCUCUUUGCUUUCUGUAGAAUAUUCUGUGGCUUAAAAAAAAAAAAAAAAAAACUAAAUAUUUGACAAAAAAAGUUUUUUUUUUUUUAUUGGUGCUCUUAUACAUUGUGUAUCCAACUAUUAUGAAUACUAACAAAGUUGAAGUUUC